AUGUCGGCGAAAAAGAGCCAGUCGCCGGCGCAGGAUUCGCUUGCCAGUUCUUCACCGCCACCGCCAGUGGUCACCUUCCUCCGUUUGGGCCACAAAAAUCACUCGCAGUGGAAUGCUUUGGGCUCUGCCUCCUUUGUCCUCAUCUCCGGCGGCAUGAGCCUGGCCUGGGGCGCAGGAUUCGCCGUGCAUUCCGCUCAUCGUGAUCAACUCCUGCUUACGGUGCACAUGCAGGUGGCCUGGUAUGCCACCGCCACUCUGGGAGCCAUUUUCGGGGCUUUUUGCACCCACCGACUGCCCCAGAAGCCGAUAUAUAUCCUCGGCUCUUGCCUGGUGAUAGCCUCUGGCAUCCUGUUUCUGGCCUGGCCCGAGAGCUCUUCCGCUGUGAUCGCCGCCCGGUAUCUGGAUGGUCUGGCCAAUGGCCUGGUCUUUGUCCCAGCCCUCAGCACUGUGGGUGAGAUCGCGGUCAAUGGCAUCCGUGGUUUGCUGGCCUCCACGGUGGAGCAGCUGGCCACCAACACGGGCAUCCUGAUGCAGCUUAUCUACACGGCCGUGUGGCGUACAGAGUGGAACGUGGCCAUUGUGGCCGAUCAGGUGCACGGCGUGCUCUCCAUUAUCUAUGGCGUGAUAGCCCUGGCCUUGGCCUUGACCUUGUGUGUGGAGUCACCGGUGCACCUGCUGAUGCGCUCCAACGAGCAGCGGGCGGUGGUGGCGUUGCGACACCUGCAGCGUCCCUAUAUGGUAACCAGCGAGACCCUUCUACGGCUGGACGAGCACAAACUGUAUGUGGCCGCCAGUCGAGAGAUGUGCUGGUGGCUGAGCCUGCAGAAGGGACUGCCGCCGCUGCUCAAGAUCCUGGCCCACCGGCUGCUGGGUUCCCUGUGCCUCAAUCUGGUCAUUUGGAGUGCUCUCUUCGAGACGGCCAGCCAGCUGGUGAGCAGCUUUCAGGCCUGGCCGUAUGUGGUAUUUGGGGUCCUGCGUUGGUGUGGCUGCUUCUGUGUGGUGCUCCUCAUGGACACUACUGGGCGCAAGAAACCCACUCUCUUUGGCACCUUCUCUACGGGCUCCUUUGCCUUUGCCUUUGCUAAUUUGUUUGGACGAACUCCGCACAUGAUCACCGCUCUGGUGGUGCUACUGAGUCUGCAGUUCUUUGCGGGAUUGGGUCAGUGUGCCUCGGCUGUGUACCUUACGGAGGGAUUUCCUUUGGCGGUGAAGCCACACCUGGUGGCUGUGGUCUAUGUGAUGGAGUUGAUCACGCGACUGCUACUCUGCAGUUUUGCUCCUUCUCUGGAGGGGAUUGCGACCUACUUUCAGGUGUUGGGCUCCCUGUCCAUGGUGUUUUUUCUCCUGGGAAUCUUCUGUCUGCCGGAGACGAGACUCGUCACUCUGGCGGAGGCGCAGCAAAAGUUUGCCAAGUGGUUCAACAAGGACUUUUGAGUGUUUAAUAAAUAUAAAUAAAUAUGAUGACAG